UUAGUGCUGCGAGUGAUUUUCGCCGUUUCGCGUGUGUAUUUCGUCUAGUUUUGGACGGGAGUUUUCUUCUCAUUACAUCUCAGGAAGACAUAAAGCGUGUUACGUUGUUUGUAAUUUGUAACCACUGGAACUGUUGGCUUGCGUAAGCACAGUGCCGCACCACAACCGACCCCGCCGCUCUCAAAUGAAGUGGAUAUCUUGGCAAAGGGAAUUAAAUUAAAUACACACCGGUAGUAACUAUCGGGAAAAAGUUUUUGAAAAACGUCUACUCAGCUCAGCUCGAAAAAGCUAACCACCGCCGCCCACGACGUUGUACUCCGACCGAUCCGAUCCGAUCCGGGACGGACAGACAUAGACCGACGAAUCCGUUCGCACUGUCAAGAUAAGCUGUUUUUUUCCGACCAGUUGGUGUUUUCCCGGUCCGAUCCGCCGCCCGUCCGCUCGGUUCCGCGCUACGCAGCACCGCAGUUUCGUGUGAUCAACAGUGCCAGUUGACCAACUGGUUCAAGUUUCAUGAAGUGAGAUUGUUCCGAGAAUAUAAGAAAAGCUAACGAACCGCCGCACUGCACUGGUACUGGUCCGGAUCCGGGCGGAGGAAAGCCACUGGGGAAUACUAGUAUACUAGUUAUUUCUUUUUACUGACUGUUGGUCGUGGGGUCUCUAGCCAGCAGGAGGAACAAAAAACCAAAGGAGCGCAGCAGAAAUGGACGAGAAAACUCUGGUAAACAUCACGCUUCCGCACGUGGCGCACUCCCAUUUAAGACACCUCUCGAGAAAAAAAAUAAUCAAUGCUGUAAAUAUUGGGUCGUUGUAAUCGUGAAAAACCACCGUGUAAAUACUUCCAUCCUCCACAACAUCUCAAAGAUCAACUGCUGAUAAACGGAAGAAAUCAUCUGGCCCUGAAGAACGCCAUCAUGCAGCAGAUGGGUAUCUCACCUGGACAGCCAGUGCUGCCCGGCCAAGUGCCAGCAGUGAACGGCGCCACAGCGACGGCAGUUGCGACCGCGGGAGUACCUCCGGGAGCAGCGGCCGCGGCACUCGGAUUUACGAUCUCCUGGGCAGGUCACCCCCAUCCGCCCUACACGACGUACGUCCUGAGUCACACCAAUGGCAACGGUUGCGUCCCGGCCGCAGCCAUAAUGAACGGCACCAGCAUCCCGAGUCCGACCAACAUCAGCACGAAUAAUAGCAGCAGUUGUAGUAACAGCAACAUCAUCAAUAACAACAGCCAUCACACCAGCAACACCACCUGCAACACCUCUGCCACCACCCCCAAUCAUAAUAACAACAACCACAUCAGUACCAAUAACAACAUCAGCCAAGGUGGCGUCUGCAAAGCAACCAAUCCCUACCUGGCCAGUAUGCCGACCAGCACGUACAGCCCGUACUUCCCGCCCGGUCACCUGAUGCCGGCCCUGCUGGGGCCCGCGGACCCCUCGGGGGUGUCCCAGGUGGGGCCCGUCGUGCAACAGACGCUAGUACCGGCCACACAGCAGAAGAUUCCCCGCUCCGAUAGGCUCGAGGUAUGUCGCGAAUUCAUGCGCGGUGCCUGCAAGCGAGCGGAGUCCGAGUGCCGUUUUGCACAUCCGCAGGACAGCGUUACAACACACGAAGACGGUUCUGUCACGGUGUGCAUGGAUGCCGUGAAGGGUAGAUGCGCUCGUGAACCUUGUCGCUACUUCCAUCCUCCUUUGCACCUGCAGGCUCAAAUAAAAGCAGCGCAGUCACGCGCAACCGCGACUGCACCUGUAUCCGCUGCGGCUGCUGUUGCCGCUGCUGCUGCCGCCGCCGCUGCUACCAUGGGCACCCUGCCGCCGCCACCGCCGCCAUCUGCCGGGGCUGUUGUCAAUUCGACGCCAAUGCCACUUAGCCAAUCUCCCCUGGAGGCCGGCAAAAAGCGUGCAGCCGAAAGUGACAUGAUACAAAUGAUGGACAUGAAAACGAUGGGAUCUUUUUACUAUGAAAACUUUGCUUUCCCCGGAAUGGUCCCAUACAAACGAACCGCCGCCGACAAGUCUGGCAUCCCGGUCUACCAGCCUGGGGCAACGACCUACCAGCAACUGAUGCAGCUCCAGCAGCCAUUCGUGCCAGUGUCAUCAGCUUCGUCUACAAUACCUUUGAAUGCUCCUUACGUUAUCUACACCGAUGCCAAUGGACAGUUACUGGACACCCUCCCGGUGUGCCAAGAUUUUAAUAGGUCCAUGUGCACGCGCCCUACCUGUAGAUUCGUACAUCUAAUGGAGUGUGAUAAAGUAGAAGUAUGUGAUCAACGCGUGGCGGUCUGUCGUGACCAUGCGAAGGGUAUGUGUAAGCGUAAGCAAUGUAAAUAUUACCACAUACCGAUUGUACUGCCACCAGCGAACGUAAUGGCCGCCACAGCAAAAAUAGCAGAAUAGAAUAAAUAACAACAACAGCAACAACCAGCAGAAAACAACAGCAACCGCACCAGCAGCAGCAGUAACAACAAACCAUAACCAGGCAUCAGAACCCUAUGAACCACCUCGGAAGAGGUGAUACAACCGCAGAUAUAAUUCGGAUCGGUAAAAGUCGAGUUGCAGUAAUUCAAUUACUAGAUUUCAACCCAGCAAAGCAAGAACAGUGAAAGCGAGAACAAUAAGAACACAAUACAUCAGCAACACAACAAAACCCAGCCAGAACAGAGGAGAGUGAGCAACUUUAUACAGUGCAAGUGGAAACUAUUCAAAAUACCAGGCAUACCAAUUGAAUCGUUUAUUGCUCUAUUACUAUUGUAUGUGAAGAGAAGUAUUCGUUUAUUGUUUUGAUCGUUACUGACGAAUGGAGCAACGCGUUUCCUCUACCGUACGUGUGCUGUAUACAUGUUUUGUAUGUUGUAAUUGAAAGUUUCUAUUUGUCUCGAAUUUAUAAUUGAUGAAAAAGAAUCUGUAUUAUUUUUGUGUAUUUUUUGUAUAUUAUUUGUAUUUAGCGAAUAUGUUAUAUUUUUCAAUAUUUCCUCUUAUUUACAUUGCAUAUUAUUAUAAGUUUAAUAAACAACAAACGGGAUAUGUUUAGGAUAAUUAUUUACACAUGACGAAGCAACUUUGAUUCGAAAAUAAACUGCAAAAUGUAUAAUCAUAUAAGGUUGCAUUAAAUAUUUAUAAGUUGAAACUAACACCAGAAGUUCUAUGAAUAUACAUUUUCUAUGGGAAGUUAGGAUGCAAAAACGUUUUGAAUUUUGUACUAAGUCAACCAAAAACUAAUAAUUCCGUACUGAAACAGCCUAUACAAAUUUAUUGACGCUAUUGUACACAAAAACACCUUUUGAUUUUUACUAUCUAAAUCUUACAGAAAAUAAAUGAAAGCAAACAAUAAUCUAAACCCCUUACAAACGAUAUACAAACCAUCUCUAGAAGGAAGUAAACUACUUAACUAUGACAUUUUUUUUAAAUCUAAUUUACCAACCGGGGAAGGACUGCAAAAUAUCUACCGUUUAUAUUCGAGUUUAUACACACUCACACGAAGGUAACGUUACACACUCACAUGUUCACGUUGGAAACAAGUCACCAGUUCUCUGUAUCAUAAUCUCUCACACUAAAAAGCAAACAUUUGACUACUUCUAUGUACCGAUACUGACACACUAACAAGCACUCAAUGAUUGACACAUACAUACAACACUCUAUUGAUCGAUGGUAACUCAAUACAAGCAGUAACACACAAACACAACUAUUGAAUGAUAAAUCACGUCCUAUUGGAGCAACGAUAAUUAAUAGUUUAUAUGUUUAUAUUAUAUAUCAAAACGUGGUGAGAAAACGGUUGAAUAGAAUAAAAACAGAAUUACGAAGCAGAAAUUUAAUAAGAUAAUACCUCUCUAUUUAGUAUUUUUAUUUUCCUAAACAAUUUAUAGAUGUUGCGUUUGAUUAUUUGUUUUGUUUUAACUUCGUUUGAUUUGAGAGUUACGAACAUACAUUGUUUAGAGAUAUGUUUCUCCCUGAGAAAGUUUUAGGAGUAAAACAUACACACAAAACCACACUCAUAAACACUAAAUCAAAAGUAUUCCUACUACAAUCUCGUAAGUGUAAGUGCUAAAAAUUAUCGAUAGAUCCAGAGUGAUUCUCAGCUGAGACUUUUUCAUUAGAAACAAAAAAGAAAACUAUUAUUAUUUAUAUUACUUGUUAAAUUGAUUCCUCUCAUUAUUUUCUCGUAAGUUAAUUGUACUCAAAUUCUCUAACUGAACUGGAUGCGAUAAGUUUCCACACUCUAGAAAACGAUUUCAAGUUACAUUCGAAACAUUCAAAAUGUUUUGUGCAGCAUGAUGGCAAAGAUCCUAACCCCACCGGUAGGUGGGGGAUUUAAUCGUUUUAAAAUAACACAAAUUUAUGUAAAGUUCAGGAGAGAAUAAAAUAAAUUACAACCAUUUUAAGGGUAAGCAGAAAAGUAUUCAUCCAACAACGCUGAGGAAUGAAGGGAAGAUAGAAAACACCGCAGGAAAUAGACCAUGGCUUGCUUUUUGCAGCGGGAACGGAUCCCAUCAGUCACGAGUACCAUUUAUGCGAUGAUGGUACGCUUUCAUAUUUGUUUUCCUAAAUACAAAUAAUGCAUACUUGUGAUAAAAAUGAUUAUUUAGUUGUUCCUGAUUUUAGAUACGUACAUACAUAUUAUUUUUUUCAUGCACGUUUUAUCAUCCCAAAUCGCUUAGUUCAAAUUUCAUUCUUGAAAUUUGACUGCUUCUUGAAAAUGGUGAUCGGUUGGUUGGGUGUAGAGUAUUCGAAUGUAGGAAUGAAAACUUUUUCGUUGAUUUAACGCAUCUCAUAAUAUUAUUGGAAGACAGUUCGAAAAUUCUGCACUAUGUCAAUGAUUUGAGUAAUGAAAGAAUAAAAAAUUGCCUUGCCACGAUUUUACAAAGCAUAAACAUGAAAACAUUCUGAAGAUGUCUAUCCAUACAUGUUGCUUUGUUUGAAAAUUUAACCGAUUGAAGUUUGACAACUUGACAAUUUAUUCAAAUGAUUAUUCCGUAUUUAUUUUCCAUUCAUCAAAUAAACAAAAUGUUGGGCAUGUCUUGAGCGUGAAUGAUAUCAAAAAAUGCUAACAACUAUGAACAAUAUUUUUCCAGUUUAUUUCUAUAAAAAAUGUAUAUUGAACUUCUCAUUCUCUUCAAUAUGAGAAGAUUAAGUGACAUGAAUAAUGCUUUUACUAUGUUGAAACAUUUGUGUACCCAUAAACCACCAUCCAUUCACCAAUUCGCGCAAAAAUUGGACUCUAAUUUGUGUCCCGAGAUCUCCGCUUCGCUUGGCAACAGAAACCCCCUCAAAAAAAUAGAAUCGUAAGCCUUGUCAAAGAGAUUAACUGUUAGGGAAUAAACACAAAUACAGUGUGCAGUGACAUAUCACAUGCGCAAAAUACCACAAUAAACGCGAACCAAAUAUGAUUUGUCAAGACUGAAGCAGGGGAUGAUUUUUAAAAAAUCUAAACUCUGCAAAUUGUAAUUCAUUUCAAGGGGAGAGAGAGAGAAAUCAAGUUAGUGAACCAACACACAGGAACCAAAAUGAGAGAUCGGUAACUGAAAACAAAACCGGAGAGAGAAAUUUUAUUAGUGAGAGAACGAGUUAAGCGAUUGCCGUAACCCAUUGAUUGUGUUCCGCUCUGAUCGUACUUCGUACAUUUUGAACACAUAUCUUCUUCAAUCCCAAGAAACCGAUCGCACUGAUUCUAAUAUCAACACGUCUGGUGAGCGAAAUUCCCUUUUUGUAUAGUGUCUGAAGUUCGUACAGUUUUCAUCCUGCCAUCCUAACCUAUUGUUCGUGAACUUACGUUACUUUCGUUCGAAAGCCGUGACUGCCAUGUUCAUCGUGAAACAAUGGGCAUGAAAUGUUGGGAGAUGAUCCGAAUCGAGUGAUCGUUCAAGAAGCAAAACAUCAACAACCGACUAUUAGCAUGGUAGAAUAAUGUGGAAAGGCAAACAGAAAACUCAACGCAAAGAGAAUAUAAAAUAUUUUUUAGAUAGCUAGGAGAUACAUUUAUAUAUAUUAACAUUACCUAAAACAAUUGAAUCCGAUUGACGGAAGCACUUGAAGGUGUGAAACACAAUGAAAUUGUACUUUAAGCUGAAAUGGAACGGAACCGAAUGUUACUAAAAUAUUCAAAUCAUAGAGAACAAAAUCGAACUGGAAUACAUCUCAAGUGUAAAACAAAUGUGACAUCGUUGUGGAGUCUUUCCAAUGUGUCUUUUGUCAUAUGUUACACAAACGAUCUGAUGCAACAGGGAUAUUGUAAUCGAUGUGAUUGACACCAGCUUUUUUCAUUAUUAUUAUUCUACAUUCCUUUGGAGACGAAAGUAUUUCAUAUUUUAGAGAAAAUGAUAAACAGUAUAGCCGCUAUGCACAUGUCCUGAUUAUUAUAUUUGAUACUACAAGUUUUGUACAGCACGAUCAAUUAUUUCUAGUACAACUACCCCCUGGGUAAUCAACAAAAAACAAAACUAAACGCAGAAAUAUGUUUUUUCCAACGUCAUGCUGCUUCAGCUUUAAAAGACAGAGUUGGAUAGUUGGAAAGUGAAUUAACGAACAGUGAUUUCACGCACAUCGUUUCAUAUUUGUCAUUUAAACAAUACUGAUAUCUGGUGGUUGAUUGCCCAUUCACAGCGAAAACAUUUGACGGUGGCAGUGCUAUUUCGAUAAUGAUUUUCGUAAUGAAAGUUCAAAGCAUUUCAAGACCAGAAAACUUUUUAAAUCAGAUGAAUUGCCAUAUGUAACUUAAUCAAGUCAUUGGGACUUUUCUAAGCAAUUUGAACAUAUAUUCGAUCGUGCAAGUUUAUCAAAGAUCCACUCACAUACAUCAUAUGGAGAACAAACUUAAAGAAAAUUUAAGUAAAAAUUGGAGUUGAGUGUGAAAAUACAAUAAAAACCCUUAAUUGGUUUGAACUGUAAAAAGAGGCAUUGAUAUAAAAGUUUUAAUAUUUACUUCUUCUUGCUCUCCUGUUCUCUCCAACAAGAAAAAUGUGGCGCAUGUUUGUCUUCAAUUUAAGAACAGGCUACUAGCAUUCAAACUAACUUCUAAAACGUUAGUUUCUUCUGCCCAAACUUAAAAUAUGUGUUAAAAAAAUUAUGGCACGUACGAAAAUUCAAAAAUAUUAGCAGUACUCAUCACCUUGCUAUAACAAAUGUAAAAACAAGUAACGUAAAAUGUAUGUGUGCUUCACUGCGAAAUCGCAAGCACACUUUUGAUUUAGCAUUUUGGAAGCCAGUGCAAAAUCGGUAUUGUACAAUUUUGAUUUUGUGAAUAAAUUUUAGUCCAGAUUUGGACUAUAAAUUACCAAAGAGUGCAAAACCACUUUUUCGUCCUAAUUUUCACGUUGACCCAUCAAAUGUUUCACACAAUGAACAGACAGCAAAUACUGUGAUAACACAAAGCAUAAAUAGCGAAAAAAUAUGGAAAAUUAUCCGGUCUGAAGCAAUUGCAAUUAUGUUCCUCAAUGAAGGAAGCUCCACUGACAUUUGUUUGACACGUUUCCAGUUCAUUUAUUCUCGACCAAAACAUCCAAACUGAUCUUAUCCGAUCUGGUGAAAACCAUCAAGGCAGAUAUCACGUCAUUCGAUUUGUCUAGUCAACACCAAGUGAAUCUAUUUAGAUCAUCGCCAUCAUCUAUGUUAUUCUUGUUAUGUUUGAUAUAUUACGAAUCCGAUGAUUUUUAAUUUCCCAAAACUGUCAUAAAAUACUCAUUUUUCGGUAAAUCAAUCAGGAAAAUACACUACAUUAUCAAGCAAAUACUCCGCUUUCGGUUGCUUGUCAGUUUAUUUAGCCCAGUUUUCGAGUUUGUGUGUUUUCAUUAAAAUUAUCAUUUAUCCAUUGUACCCCCAUUAGUUGACAUUCGAAACGAACGUAAAAUCUAUUGAAAAAUGUUCCUGAACAUAAAUGGACACCAUCUGUUGUGUCGAGUGCCCUAAAGAAUAAGAACUACCCAAAACUGAUAGGGUUAGAAGAAUAAACAAUAACAAUAAACCGUUUUGUGACAUAUUUUUUCCUACAACACCUUACCGCCAUUCAAACUCACACACACACACAUACAACCGUGAAAAUUGAACACUUACCAUGCACACACACUGUCCACAAAUUAAAAAAAAUAGCUCCAACAAUUACGUGAUCGCGACAAGUACAUAAUAACACAAUAAUAAACGUGAGUUUGACAGCAUAGGCAACAAAUAUGGAAUCCCACGAUUUUUAUGGAAACUGUCAAAAAGGACAACCAUUCACAAACCAAGGUUAUAUUAUUUGUAAAAAGGGGUAAAGUAGAAAGGAUAACAGUGAAACAAACAAAUAUUCUAAUUGAAGUAAAGAAAAAUAAACAAAAAAUAACUUUAAACAUAAAUAAUCUGUAAGAUUUUUAGUAAUAAAAUAUUAUUGAAAAAUUUACUCAAAAUACUUUAAAAUAUUGUAUGAAAAAUCACUAUUAUCAUUAUUGAUAAUGAAACACAUACACAUUAAACCACACACACACACGAAAAGUAUUUCAGUUUACUUAUUAAGUAGUAAACCUUUACACAAGUGAACGAAAAAAAACUCCAUCGUGAAUCUAUAGUUGAACGAAUAGUGAAUCCUUAAUGAGCAAAAAAAUACAAGAUACCUUAACAAAAUCGGCACAAGUGGGAACCGAGAAAAAAAAGUAAUCACAUAACCCUUUCAGAGCGAAAAAUCAGUGACCUCAGUGUUCGAGGAAGGAAGAAGUAGAAUAGCAUUGCUCUAGUACAGCAAAACUUUCCCGCAGAAAACGACAAAAGCAUAAAACCCAAAUGUGAACAACCGAAAGCAACUCAACAUACUAAACCACAACAGUAAAAGAAACAUGUGCGAAGAGAUCGGCACACCUGGAGAAAAUAAUCGAAUAUAACGAAAAGAGUAAUACAUAAAAAAACAUAGGAACUCACGCAAAAGUGAAUCGAACCGUCGAAUGGGGCGGAUUAGAGGGACCUUCCUCGGGUAAGACCCGCAAUCCCCCUCAGCGCACGGGAUCGGAACACUCGCGUGCAUUCAUCACUGCGUCUGUGAUAGUUCUAAAGAAAAUUUUAACGUACUAGAUCAAGUCUAUGAAAUUAAGGUGCGCGUUGUGCAUGAAAAAAAAAACAAAACAUGGAUAUUCGCAAGUAAGCAACAGUGUAGCAAGAAUGAAAAUCAAAAAAAUCAAAAGCAAGCAAACGAGCCCCGAGCGCGGACUCGGAGCUCACAGCGACCAGAGGAUCUUUUUUCGAUCCACUCUUCCCGCGAGGCGUUUCCUGGUCGCGCUAGUGAUCCUCGGUUCCGAAUCCGGGCGGACCGAAAUAGAAGAGUCCAGCCCCGCGAAUGACGAAUCCAAGCAACGGAGCAGAGUGAAGAAAAAAAAAAUCAUCUAAUUAAACAGUAAUAAAAUAAUGUUAAAUGAUAAAUUGUUGUUGAUAAAAAUAAAUAAAAAAAAGCAUCACUUUUAUUAUUGAAAAAAAAACUCGAGGGAAAACCUAUGAUUAGUUGUGUAGCAAUUCUUUAAUUAAGGGAUUAAAAUACAAUAUGAAAUUAAAUUUAAAUGAACACAUGAGAAAAGUAUCUAAAUUAACAUAAGAAAAUGAGAAAAAAAAACUAGUGUUUUCGAAAAACCGAAGCAAGAAAUAUGAAAGUAAAAUAUUACAAAUUAUACAUAUGUUCCAUUUUUUAAAUAUAUUAAAGCUAUGUGAGAAAAAAAAUACACUAAAAGGUGGAAAAAACAAAACUGAUCAAUCAUUGUGGUGAAAUCUAUUUUUCUUCAGUUUAUCAGCAACCAAUACAAAAAAGGAAAGGAAAUACAAGUAAAUGAAUGGUGAAAAAAGUGGAAACAAGUAAUAAUGAAUAAUAAUAUUGAAGUACAACCACUUUUAUUUUUCAAGGCAACACAAAAAAAUAAACAAAACAUACACACUUACACCUACUCACGCGAAUGGAAGAAUGAAAACACAAAAAACUGGAAGAAAGAUAAAACUGAUUUAUGUACUAAAAUUAUUUUCAAAAUAAAACAUUUCAAUUCAAAUUUAA